AUGUGUUUAUCAAUGUUGAAGAGCUUUUUCUCGGCUUUUUCCUCCAUUCAGGUCACACCGUUAUCUGGAGCCUACAAAUUCGUAUCGUGUCCUCAACCUGUCAAAGACACUGGAUGCACCUACUGCGAGCUUCCGCAAUUCCCUUCGAACCGUCAGAUCGACUAUGAACGCCAGCUUAGAAAUUCCAAAGUUGCCUUAUAUAAGCAUGCUUUAAUACUACAUGGACUUCCGGAUCAUAAGGCGUGGCCCAGAAGGUUCGAAAUGGCUCCUGAUAGUAUCAUCUCUACACUUAAUGCACUCAAGAGACAAUAUACAGAUGGAUAUCAUCCUUCUCUGAUAAGUAUGACGAGUUUACAAGAGCCCGCUAAUGUCGAUUGUCAACUAGUGGGUUUGUAUCCCGAUGGCUUGGUUAUUCAUGUUCCUAAUUCCAGAUUAAAGGAUUUUACUAGAGCUUUUCUCGAUGGAAAAGGUGGUGAAGACUCUAAGGAAAAGGCGGCACUUCGAGAAACGUUUAAAACUCGAAAACUGCUGAAAGAUUACGUUCUUGUGUGUGGCCAUUAUAAAAGAGACAUUCGUUGCGGCCUACUGGGACCCUUGGUCAAGGCAGAAUUUGAGAAAGCGUUCCAAUUGGCCCAAGUCCCUAAAGAAAAAGUCGGUCUCGGGUACAUCUCACAUAUUGGAGGCCAUUCGUUCGCUGCCAAUGUUCUCAUCUUCAAGAAGAACGGCGAUGUCAUAUGGUACGGCAGAGUUGAGCAAAGAAACGUCCAGGGAAUUGUUUUGAAGACAGUCCUAGGUAACGAGAUAAUCGAGGAGCUUUACAGAGGUUAG